AUGCGGGGAGCUUCGGCAGCUGGUGCGGCUGUUUCGUUUGUUUGCUGCUGCUCCAGCAGCAGCUCAGCCAGCAGCACAGCAGCAGCAGCAGCAGCAGAAGAUGCAGAAGCGCUGCCUGAGGGUAUGGAGCUCGCCAUAACAAUUGUGUUGACACCCACGAGGCUGCCGCAGCUGUUGGGGGCCCUGCAGCUUCCGUCUCUUCCUUUGGGGGCCCUUGAGGCCCCAGCAGCAGCAGCAGCAGCAGCAACAGCAGCAGCAGCAGGAGCAGGAGAAGAGGCAGAUGCAGCAGCAGGAGGUGCAGCAGCAGCAGCAGCAGCAGCAGCAGCAGCAGGAGAAUGCUGCUCUUCUUUGUUAAAAAAAGGAGACAAAGACAACACCCCUAGCCUCAAUCUUCUGCUGCUAGCUGAGCCCCUAAUACCAUCCCCCGCCAUCUGCUUCUCGCUGCCCCCCCCGCAGCAGCAGCAGCAGCAGCAGCAACAGCAGCAGCAGCAGCGGCAGCAACAGCAGCAGCAGCAGCAGCAGAGGACAGGUGAUGAGGAUUCCGGGGAUCCACAAAAGAACCACGUAGACGGAGCAAGCAGCAGCAACAGCAACAGCAACAACAGCAGCAGCAGCAGCAGCAGCAACGACAGCAGCAGCAGCAGCAAAGCUGUUCGCUGGUGCAAUGUGCUGCUGCUGCAGCACGAGGGCCGGCAGCAGCCACAAGUAAAGAACACAGAUUGGGUAGUUCCUGCUGCUGCUGCUUGUGCUCUGUCUCUGUGUCUUUUGUUGUUGUUGCUUCUGCGGCAGCAGCUGCAGCAGCAGCAGCAGCAGCACGCAGCAAAGCUGGGGGUACCCCUGGAGGAGGUAAUCCUAGAUAAAGACGGGGCCCUCCUUGAAGGCUGCAGCAGCAACAUAUUGGUAUAUUCUUCGUCUCGUGGUUGUGUGUUGACGGCCCCGGAUAGUGUUUGUUUAGCUGGGGAGACGCGGAGACAGUCGAUUGUCUCCUUUGCUGCUCGCGGGGUGGAGACAGUGUAUGAGGCCCCCCAGUGGUCACGGAGACAAACAGACCAGUGGUCAGCUGCCUGGAUCUCCUCAGCCAGCAGGCUGCUGCUCCCAGUACGCGCUAUCUUUAAACCCAAACACCAGCACCAGCUGCAGCAGCAGCAGCAGCAGCUGCAGCAGCAGCAGCAGCAGGAGCAGGAGCAGCAGCAGCAGCAGGAGCAGCAGCAGCAGCAGGAGCAGGAGCAGCCGCAGCAGCAGCAGCAGCAGCAGAAGCGUGCUGCUUGGAUAGCUGUAGAUACACCUGGGGAGGCCCGCGUGUACUGUCUCCAUACAGAAGACACCACAAACCCUCAAGACAAACCCUCACAGCAGCAGCAACAGCAGCAACAGCAGCAGCAGGCUGCUGCUGCUGCUGCUGCUGCUGCUGCUGCUGCUGCUGAUGCUGAUGCUGAUGCUGCACUGCAGCAGCACCAGCUGCUGCUGCUGUUGCUGCUGCUGCUUCUGCUGCGCAGCAGCAGCAGCAGCAGCAGCAGGAUGUUGCGGCAGCAGCUGCCUGGGGUGUACAGGCAGCUCAUCUACGUUUGCCUUUCGUUCGGGUGA